AAUUUGGGAGUGCUCUGCCACUCUUCUACCCUGCAAAUAUCUAUAGCCUCUUUCUCUUCAAUUUUCUCCGGAAAAUCUGAUUUCAGCGAUGGAGAAUUCUGCUUGGUCUGUUGACGGGUUCUUGGAUCAGUGCAGGCAGUCCGGAGACUCCGCCUACACUGCAUUCCGAUCACUCCUCGAGAAGCUCGAGGAUCUGACCACCCGAGCUCCGGCGAGGGUAUUCUUGUCCGAUCUCCAGAAGCGGUUCGCUUCCGGAGAGGCCUCCGAGCAAUGCCUCAGUACCUUCCAUUUCCGGAUCCAAGACAUCUUUUUGGACCAGUACGAAGGCUACUGCGGGAGGAAGAAAUUGACAAUGAUGGUGAUCCCUAGCAUUUUUAUCCCAGAAGACUGGUCCUUUACUUUUUAUGAAGGUCUGAACAGACAUCCUGACUCUAUCUUCAAGGACAAGACUGUUGCGGAGCUUGGUUGUGGAAAUGGAUGGAUAUCUAUUGCCAUUGCUGAGAAAUGGUCACCUUUAAAGGUGUAUGGCCUUGAUAUUAAUCCAAGAGCAGUAAAGAUUUCGUGGAUAAACUUGUAUCUAAAUGCUUUGGAUGAUAAUGGUCAACCUAUCUAUGAUGGUGAAAAUAAAACUCUACUGGACAGGGUGGAGUUUCAUGAAUCUGAUCUGUUAGCUUACUGUAGAGAUCGUGGUAUAGAACUUGAAAGGAUUGUUGGAUGCAUACCACAGAUUCUCAACCCAAAUCCUGAUGCAAUGUCUAAGAUGAUUACAGAAAAUGCCAGCGAGGAAUUUCUAUAUUCACUGAGUAAUUAUUGUGCACUUCAGGGUUUUGUCGAGGAUCAGUUUGGAUUGGGUCUAAUUGCUAGAGCAGUUGAGGAAGGAAUAGCUGUCAUCAAACCAAUGGGCAUUAUGAUCUUCAAUAUGGGAGGUCGACCAGGACAAGGUGUUUGUAAACGCUUGUUUGAGCGCCGUGGUUUCCGUGUUACUAGGCUUUGGCAGACCAAAGUUAUUCAGGCUGCUGAUACAGAUAUUUCUGCUUUAGUCGAAAUUGAGAAGAAUAGUCCUCACCGCUUUGAGUUCUUCAUGGGACUUGCUGGAGAUCAGCCCAUUUGUGCUCGAACAGCAUGGGCCUAUGGGAAGGCCGGUGGCCGCAUUUCUCAUGCUUUAUCAGUUUACAGCUGUCAACUUCGUCAACCAAAUCAGGUGAAAACAAUUUUUGAGUUUCUCAAAAAUGGCUUCCAUGAGAUCAGCAGUUCCUUAGAUUUAUUCUUUGAAGAUGAUUCUGUUGCUGAUGAAAAGAUUCCAUUCCUAGCUUAUCUUGCCAGUGUUUUGAAAGGGAAUUCAUUCUUCCCAUAUGAGCCACCAGCUGGUAGCAAACGGUUCCGUAAUCUCAUUGCAGGCUUUAUGAGAACAUAUCACCAUGUUCCAGUCAAUGCUGAUAAUGUUGUCAUAUUUCCUUCAAGGGCUGUGGCAAUUGAGAAUGCUCUUCGAUUAUUCUCACCCCGUCUUGCAAUUGUUGAUGAAGAUCUGACUCGACAUCUUCCAAGACAGUGGUUAACAUCCUUGAAAAUUGAGAGUGCAAAAACAGAUAAUCCUUCAGAGGAUGUACUCACAGUGAUUGAAGCCCCACGCCAGUCAGAUUUAAUGAUAGAGCUCAUCAAAAAGUUGAAGCCACAGGUGGUGGUUACUGGGAUUGCUCAUUUUGAGGCUGUCACUAGCUCAGCUUUUGAGCACCUUUUAAAUAUUACUGGAAAAAUUGGAUCUCGCCUUUUCUUAGACAUGUCUGAUCACUUUGAGUUAUCCAGCCUUCCAAGUUCCAACGGAGUCUUAAAAUAUCUGUCAGGAACUCCUCUGCCCUCCCAUGCAGCAGUUAUAUGUGGCCUAGUAAAAAAUCAGGUUUAUUCAGAUCUAGAAGUAGCUUUUGUCAUUUCAGAAGAGGAGGCCAUCUUUAAGGCACUGUCCAAAACCGUGGAAUUACUGGAAGGGAAUACUGCACUCAUUAGUCAGUAUUAUUAUGGUUGCCUUUUCCGCGAGCUUCUGGCUUUUCAGCUUGCUGAUCGACAUCCACCUGCAGAGAGGGUAUGUGAAAAUGAAAAACCUGCUGAGAUGAUUGGCUUUGCUAGUUCUGCCCUUUCUGUCCUUGAUAAUGCUGAGUUGUCAAUUACCGAGACAGAAAACUCAUCAGUGAUCCACAUGGACGUAGAUAAAAGCUUCUUGCCAUUUCCAUCUUCAGUCAAGGCUUCUAUCUUCGAGAGUUUUUCAAGACAGAACAUGGCUGAGUCAGAAACUGAUAUCACCACCAGCAUCAGACAAUUUAUUAAGAGCAACUACGGGUUCCCAACAAGUAGUGGAACAGAAUUUAUAUAUGCGGACUGCUCACUAGCCCUUUUCAAUAAGCUGGUUCUUUGCUGCAUCCAAGAAGGUGGUACCUUGUGCUUCCCAGCUGGCUCAAAUGGGAACCAUGUAUCUUCUGCUAAAUUUUUGAAAGCAAACAUUGUGAAUAUCCCUACCAACUCUGAAUUUGGGUUUAAGCUGUCUGAGAAGACACUUGCUGGGGUAUUUGAGAGUGUGAAUAACCCAUGGUUGUACAUUUCUGGUCCAACAAUCAACCCUACUGGCUUGGUAUACAGCAAUGGAGAGAUGGAAAAUAUAUUAUCUAUUUGUGCUAAAUUUGGGGCAAAAGUUGUGCUAGACACUUCAUUUUCCGGACUGGAAUAUGACUUUGAGGGUUGUGGUGGCUGGGAUUUGGAAGGCAUUUUGGUGAGACUGUAUUCCUCUUCUAAACCGUCUUUUUGUGUAUCACUGCUUGGAGGACUCUCUUUGAAGAUGCUUACCGGAGGGCUUACAUGCGGAUUUUUGGUUUUAAACCAGCCUCUUCUGAUUGAUGCAUUUUAUAGCUUUCCAGGAUUAAGCAAACCUCAUAGUACUGUUAAAUAUACUGUAAAGAAGUUGCUAGGUCUGCGAGAGCAGAAAGCAGGAGGCCUACUGGAUGCUGUUGCAGAACAUAAAAGAAUUUUAUGCAGCAGAGCUAAGCGUUUGAAGCAGACACUUGAGAGCUGUGGUUGGGAGGUGCUUGAAUCCCAUGCUGGUGUUUCAAUGGUGGCAAAGCCAUCUGCCUACCUCAACAAGGUCAUCAAGCUCAAGCAUCCAUCAAAAGACGGAGGCAGCGCUGAAACCACCACUGCCUAUGAAAUCAAGAUCAAUGACUCAAACAUCAGGGAAGCCAUUCUCAGGGCCACUGGCUUAGGUAUCAACAGUGCUUCAUGGACUGGAAUCCCUGGCUAUUGUCGCUUCACCUUUGCUUUGGAAGACAGCGAAUUUGGUCAGGCAUUAGAUUGCAUCAUCAAAUUCAAAGACUUAAUUCAGUAACUGAAUUGCUCUACAACAUCUGAUUCAUUGUUUUCGCGACUUAGGUGUCGUGAAAUGAACCAAUCUUAUUACCAGUUCUACAAGCUCAAAAGUUCAGUAUCAUGUGAGAUUUUUCUAAUCCAUACCAUUGGUAUGUUAAUGCAGUCUGAUCUCAUACUUUGACUGUCUUGAAGACUUUACAGCCCAAUGUCCUCUCAAUUGCCUCCUAUUUCACAUUCUCAAAUCAUACUAUGCUGAAAUAUAUCUCACCUUUCUAUCUUGAUAUUCUCAAAACCAUAUCUUAAUGAAACUAUAUAUUGUCUUCAUUGA